AUGCCAUUGAGUCUGCCCAUAACACGGACCAAUGGUGCACCCAAUGGAGCAUUUAGGACUUUUGGCCUCUACUGGUGCUACCAUUGUGAACGUACCGUCAGGAUUGCAUCCUCUAACCUAUCGGAGAUCGCGUGCCCUCGAUGCUUGAGGCAAUUUGUUAUCGAGAUUGAGAUUAGACGUCCUCGAAUUGCUUUCAAUCAUGCUGCUCCACCUUUUGAUGCUUCUCCUGAGACUCGUCUUCUUGAAGCUCUUUCACUCAUGUUUGAUCCUCCAAUCAGAGCUGGAUUCGGUGCAGACCCAUUUCACAGGGCAAGAUCGAGAAACAUGGAAUCUGAACCAAGACCCCGACCACACCAUCGACGACGUCACAGCCUUGACAAUGAUAACAUUGGCGGUUUACCUCCACCAAGAAGAACAUAUGUGAUACUCCGGCCCUUUGAUCCAACUAAUCCACUAGGAAACAUGACUGAGCCACCAAAUCUAGCACCACCCCAGCGUUUGAACCCACAUGAUUUCUUUAAUGGAGCUUCAGGCUUAGAGCAGCUGAUCGAACAGUUAACACAAGAUGAUAGGCCUGGACCACCACCUGCACCAGAACCCACCAUUGAUGCGCUACCGACCGUGAAGAUUACACCACAACAUCUAACCAACGACAUGUCCCAGUGCACGGUGUGCAUGGAAGAAUUCUUUGUUGGCGGGGAAGCUACAGAACUACCAUGCAAACAUAUUUACCAUAACAAUUGUAUUACCCCAUGGCUCAGGCUUCACAAUUCUUGCCCUAUCUGCCGCCGUGAUCUGCCACCAAUCAGCACCGUUACGGAUUCUCGGGAAAGGGGUGAUUCCAUUGGAGAAGACAUACCUGAAAGAAGGCGCCCGAGAAGGAUGCAGCUCGGGAACAUUUGGCCUUUUAGGGCAAGGUACCAAAGGGUUAGUCCAGAAGAAACAGCACACAGGAAUCCUCGAGUUCAGUCGCGGUGGCCUAACUGUAAUAUACUCUAGUUUCUUGAAAACCAAUCCAUUGCCAUUCACUAGAAGAGG